GGACUGGAUGGAAGUCUCCAAACUGCAACCUUUUCAAAUUUGCCUUCCUUGUUUGAUUCCCAGUGGCAUAAGAUCAUGAUUGGUGUGGAAAGGAGAAGUGCCACUCUUUUUAUUGAUUGCAACAGGAUUGAAUCCUUACCUAUAAAGCCAAGAGGCCAAAUUGAUGUUGAUGGUUUUGCUGUGCUGGGAAAACUUGUGGAUAAUCCUCAAGGUUCUGUUCCGUUUGAACUUCAGUGGAUGCUGAUCCAUUGUGACCCACUACGUCCGAGGAGAGAAACCUGCCAUGAACUGCCAGCCAGGAUAACUGUCAUUGAAACCACCGACCAGAGAGGUCCCCCGGGCCAACAGGGUCCCCCUGGGCCACCGGGCCCCCCUGGAGUUCCGGGCAUCGAUGGCAUCGAUGGUGAUCGAGGUCCAAAGGGUCCCCCGGGCCCCCCGGGUCCUGCUGGAGAACCGGGCAAGCCAGGAGCUCCAGGCAAGCCAGGCACUCCGGGCGCCGACGGGUUAGCAGGACCUGAUGGCCCCCCUGGCUCUGUUGGACCAAGAGGACAAAGAGGAGAACCUGGUGUUCCGGGAUCUCGUGGAUUUCCUGGCCGUGGUAUUCCUGGGCCCCCUGGUCCUCCUGGGGCAGCAGGACUCCCUGGAGAGCUUGGUCGUGUUGGACCAGUUGGUGACCCUGGGAAAAGAGGACCGCCUGGCCCCCCUGGCCCCCCAGGACCCAGUGGAACAAUUGGCUUUCAUGAUGGAGAUCCACUGUGUCCCAAUUCCUGUCCUCCAGGUCGCUCAGGAUAUCCAGGCUUACCAGGCAUGAGGGGUCAUAAAGGGGCUAAAGGAGAAAUUGGUGAACCGGGAAGACAAGGUCACAAGGGUGAAGAAGGUGACCAGGGGGAACAGGGAGAAGUUGGAGCUCAAGGACCUCCAGGAGCUCAAGGAUUAAGAGGCAUCACUGGCAUAGUUGGGGCCAAAGGGGAAAAAGGUGCUAGGGGCUUUGACGGAGAACCUGGGCCCCAAGGUCUUCCUGGUGCACCUGGUGAUCAAGGACAGCGAGGACCUCCAGGAGAAAUAGGUCCCAAGGGAGAGAGAGGACCUCAGGGUUCAAGAGGAAUUCCUGGUGUUCCUGGGUCCAAAGGAGACACGGGCCUGCCAGGUGUGGAUGGCCGUGACGGGAUACCUGGAAUGCCCGGAACGAAGGGUGAACCAGGGAAACCUGGGCCUCCUGGUGAUGCAGGAUUGCAAGGGUUACCUGGUGUGCCUGGGAUCCCCGGCGCAAAGGGUGUUGCUGGUGAAAAGGGUAACACAGGUGCUCCAGGAAAGCCUGGCCAGUUGGGGAAUUCAGGCAAACCGGGCCAACAGGGGCCUCCAGGAGAGGUGGGACCCCGCGGACCUCGGGGACUUCCCGGCAGUAGAGGUGAAAUAGGACCCGUGGGACCCCCAGGACCACCAGGCAAACUGGGUUCUCUGGGCAAUCCUGGCCUCCCUGGCUUGCCUGGCCCUCCUGGACUUCCUGGAAUGAAAGGUGACAGGGGAGCAGUCGGUGAACCUGGUCCAAAGGGUGAACAGGGUUCCUCUGGUGAAGAAGGUGAAGCAGGAGAAAGGGGUGAACUUGGAGAUAUAGGAUUACCUGGGCCAAAGGGAUCUGUGGGUAACCCUGGGGAACCUGGCUUGAGGGGGCCUGAAGGCAGUCGGGGGCUUCCCGGAGUGGAAGGCCCGCGAGGACCACCUGGACCGCGAGGCGUGCAGGGAGAGCAGGGUGCCACCGGCUUGCCUGGCAUCCAGGGCCCUCCAGGUAGAGCACCAACAGAUCAGCACAUUAAGCAGGUUUGCAUGAGAGUCAUGCAAGAGCAUCUUGCUGAGAUGGCUGCUAGUCUCAAGCGGCCUGACUCUGGAGCCUCUGGUCUCCCUGGGAGGCCUGGACCCCCGGGUCCCCCAGGGCCUCCUGGAGAGAAUGGUUUCCCAGGCCAGAUGGGACUUCGUGGCCUCCCAGGCAUUAAAGGCCCUCCUGGUGCUCUUGGUUUGAGGGGGCCUAAAGGUGACUUGGGAGAAAGGGGGGAACGUGGCCCUCCAGGAAGAGGUCCUAAAGGUUUGCCUGGAGCUACAGGUCUGCCAGGUGAACCAGGUCCUGCCAGCUAUGGGAGGAACGGCCGGGAUGGUGAGCGAGGCCCCCCAGGGGUAGCAGGAAUUCCUGGCGUACCUGGCCCCCCAGGACCUCCUGGGCCUCCUGGUUUUUGUGAGCCAGCCUCCUGCACCAUGCAGGCUGGUCAACGAGCAUUUAGCAAAGGGCCUAAUCAGUGAAAAGCUUAGUGCUGCAUGGCUGUCUGCAUAAAGCAUGCCUGGCAACGGAGCUUGGAGGGGAAACACCACCGAAGCUGAGGCAAAAGACAACAGUGCAUUACCUUCAAUGUUAUUACAUAAGUCUUAUUUGACAGUUAGAUUUAAAACAAUGGUGCUAUUCAAUAAAUCCUUUCUUUUUUCUUGGAGAGGAGACAACAGAGCCAUCAGAUACAAAAAGAAAUCAGAAAACUCAAAACCCUCAUUUUAAAUAAAUUUAUAAUCCCAUUCCCAGGACCUUGAAUUUUAGUGUGCUAUACGUAUGUGAUGUGUGGUGGGCCACUGUGCCAAUAAACAAAAACAACUGUUUGGUUUACCUCA